AUGGGUGGCCAACCGCCCAAAUUCGGAAAGCAGCUCGCCUCCAGCGACAAGAGCAUCCGUGACGACGCCGUCAAGGCGGUGACCCGCUACCUGCGGCAGGCGCACAGCCUGACCGAGCUCGAGCUGUCCAAGGUGUGGAAGGCGCUCUUCUACUGCAUGUGGCACUCGGACAAGCGUCCCGUGCAGGCCGACCUCGCCGAGCGCCUCUCUGCACUCGUGCACGCGCUGCCGGCGGAGAAGCGGCCGCUGUUCACACGAGUGUUUUGGAGGACGAUGGCGCGCGAGUGGCAUGGCAUCGACCGGCUGCGGCUGGACAAGUUUUACAUGCUGAUGCGCCUCGCGCUGCGCCAUUCCCUCCGCGCCCUCUGCGCCGACGCCCUCGACGAGCAGUCGGCCACCGCCUUCGCCGCGUUGCUGCAAGACGGCCUCUUCGCGAGCGGCGCACCGCGCGGCGUGCAGCUGUUCGGGCUGGACCAGUACCUGACGGCGCUGCGGGGCGAGCUCCCAGCCGACGCGGCGCCCGCCGUGUGGAUGGCCCUCCUCGAUCCCCCGCUGCUGCUCCUCGGAGCAGUCGCAGACCCGCACGUGCUGCAGCGCGGCACCGAGCAGCUGCUGAACCCGCUGAUUGAGGCCGGCGCGGAGGGCGAGGCCGGCGAGGAGGGCGAGGCCGGCGCGGGCAACGGCGAGGGUGGCGAGGGCGCCCCGCUGCCCCGCCUCCUGUGCGAGCUGAGCGAGCGCCUCUUUGAUCUCGCGGCCGACCCGCGCACCGCCGAGGCGAACCGGCAGGCGCUGUACGGGCUGCAGCGGAGGGCGGAGCAGCGCACCGAGCAGAGCGGCGCCUCGGCGGCGAGACUGGCGGAGGAGGACGCGCCGCGGCCGCGGCAGGGGGCGGGCAAGGCGGUUGGGCGUGGGGAGAAGAGCCGCGCCCUGCGGGGGAUGAUGAGUGGCGACGCUCGCAAGGCAAGCGGCGGCCUCAAGCGGAGGAGCGCUCCAGCCCCGAGCAACAAGCCGCGUAAGCAAAAGAGCCGCCACGUAGCAUGA